CCCCCCCCCCCCCCAAUCCAUAUCCGUCUAAAUUCUUAUCUGCAUCUUUCCUUAUUCUUCUUCUCUGUCCUUUCGGUCUCCCUGUUCACUCCUUCUGUCAUUCUCUUUUCCCGCACACUUCCCUGAUUCAUUCCCUCCACCUCGGCCUUUCACCACCCCUUCCCUCCCCUCCCUCCCCCAAUACUCCACACUGUCUUCGCUCUCACUUUUCGCCUGGUCCAAGUCCUUGGCUUCUUCUUGCCAAGUUGACUCGGACCUGGUUAUAAGGCUCGUCCAUGCCACGUUCAUCAGCUACGGCCCGGAAGAGUAAUAGCAAUCGGCAAGAGAAUGGCCUCGUCGGUCCCGGCAAGAAAGUGACCAAGCAAAAAUCAAAUGGACAUCUGAAUGGGAACGCCAGCAGCGGCUCUGCACCGGUCUCCUCUCAAGUCGACUUGCUUUCGUCUCGCUCUUCAAGCGAUCCCGCCAUCGCGUCGGUAGCGACUGCGACCAAAGUCAACGGAACGGCGGAUAGCUCCAAAUCGGAUGGCAAUGGGCGUGGUUAUCCGAAUGGGUACAGCAAGGGCAAUUCGGAUAUGUCGCACGAGCAAACAAAUGGGGAUGCGGCGCCGAACGGUAGCCUGACCGGCCAGGCCUCGCGUCGCUCGGAUAAGUCCACGCUUGGUUUCAAGAGGUCCGGUUCGAAUUCCUCGAUCAAUCCGCUCCAGCUGGCGUCGACUAUUCUCAAAUCUUGCCCCAUCUACGAUACGAUUGCCAUCCUGAUCUUCCUGCUGCAGCUCCCGCCUAUGGUUCUUACGUUGGUCCAGUUUCUCUUCGCCUCCCUCACCUUUAUGCCACCUGGUGGCGCGUCGUCUGGUUCGUUGUCGUCCAACUUUGACAUCUUCCAGGGCCCCGCCGGAACGCCAUCCCUUGGUACAAUGAUAGCGAUGGAUGGGUUCUGUCUGCUUUUUUGGGGUCUCUUCAUGUGGACGUGGGCGCAAAAUUUUGCAUUGGAUUUGGCCCACGUUCAGGUCGCCAUUACACUGGGUGGAGGAGGUUCGGGAAAAAAUGGAGGUGUCAAUACUCUUUGUGUUGGUAUCGUUCUUGUUUUACACAUCCUCCGCAGUAAAGGUAUACAGGAUUUUGUUAUUGGUCAUCUUCUUUCUUCAAAAAUCAUCAGUCCCGAUAUAUUGUCGCAAUACUCCCAUUUCUUACCGCCUGAAUUUCGACGUACCGAGCCGCAGACAUCCCCGAGUUGGUUACGGAGCUUGCUUGCCGUCCAUAUACUAGCCCAAGCCGGCACCGCAAUGGCAAGGCGCUCAAUGGCCAAAAAUAGGUCUCCCACACCGUCUCGAACAGGAAAACGUGUCGAUACCGAAGCAUCCGCGGGUUCACAAACGCAAAUUGAUUCCUCGUUCGAAUCCGGUGCAAGUGUCUCCUCUUUCAUCGGCCCCGAUGGUCAAAUCAUUCCGGCGUCGUCGCUCAAAGACGGCAGGGAUCGAUUAAUCUCGGCGAAGAAACGUAGGAGGCAGGCAAAUCAGGUGCGGAGUCGCCAACCAUUUUGGGCUGCGCUCGCUAGUACAAAGGUUACCGUUAUGAGGGAAUAUGAACAUUCACGGGUUUUGUCGAAAACAGGUCGAAGCUUUACAAUGACUGAGGAGGAUCUUCAAGGCGUUUCUUUGGACGAUGGGUUGGUUUGGGUCACCGAAGUUGAUAGUUCUACAAUCAAGUUCGCUGCCGGGGAUUUUUCUUCGGCAGAUGAUGCCAUCGUGAAUGGUGCCUGCGAAGCUGGGCACCUCGGUGAUGAGAUGGAGCCAUUCUAUGUCUGCGUCAAUGGCGCCCUCUGGGCGACUGCGAACAUCUGCAAAGUGGAGGACUCUGACAAGGGAUCGAGCGCUGUUAACUGGCGUGGCGAGAUAUCUGGUCUCGCCCCCAAUUGCGCUUAUACUUGUUCCUUUGUGCGAAGUGAUAAUGACGAAGAGAUCUGUGUCAUGAGUGUCAAGACUCCCGCCACAACUGACACAGAGCAAGCUGUAUCUUCCGUCGCUCCUCCGCCGCAACCGUCCUACCGCCCCUCGUCUCCGACCACCACACUCAAGAAUUCCAUCGUCAACGCGGAAGCCAAACUGAACGAGAAGCGUUCUCGGUUGAAGAAAGCUAAGAAUGAUCACAAGCUCGUGGUUUCCAAGAUCAAGAAAGAGCUGGACAAUUACAACCAUCGUCUUCACAGUGGAACGGAUGAAAACAGACAAAAGCAACGCUCCCUUCAACUGGAGCGGAACAUUCGCCAGACUGAGGAAGCUACCGCCGCUCUCGAGGCUCAACUUGACGACAUGGAGAACGUACCCGAGGAGGAGAUUCAGGAAUGGAAAACACAAAAAGCCAACUUUGAGAAGGAACUGGAACUUUUCAACUCAACCAAGGAGGAGCUUGCUUCGGCGCGUUCUGCUGUCGCUCGGGAAAUUUCCUCGUUGGAAUCUGACUUGAACUCGACUAUUCAGAGGCGGGAACGUCUUCAGGGUCGUCGGACCAGAGUCAACGAGCAAUAUGAGAGAAUUAUAUCUGCCAAUGCCCAGGGACUCAACGAAAGGGAGCGUCGUGCCGCGGAACAAUUUGCAAGGGAGCAGGACCAUGCGAAGCUUGAAGCCAACUUCAACGAGCAAUUCGCCAGCAUCAGCCAGUCCGUGCAGGAUUACCAGUUACGCACCAGUCAACUUUGGCACCAAUCGUCUGCUAUCGAGCAAGUCAUUCAGCAGCAACAGCAGCAGAUGCUCAUGGACCCUGGCCCGCUCACUCCCGAAGGCAAUUUGCCGGGCACCAAUCCUCUCCCCGAGACCUCGGGUAUGUCCCUGGCUGCACUGACAUCUACAGCGCCGAACACUAGAUCGCUACUCGGGCUUAGCUUUCCUCCGCUGAAGUCGAGUCCCCUCCAGCAUGCAUCGUCUCUCGCUGGAGCAGGAUCCUCUCGCCCGACCAGCCCGGGACAGCCGUCUUAUCUGCAGCAAUUUCCGACCUCUCCGCUCGCCACUACCAACUCGUAUUUCGGCACAGAUUUGAUCCACCGCGACCGAUCCUUCUCGAACCGAUCCGGCCGGAGCAGUCAAUAUGGAUCCGAUCUUAUGGAUGCGAGCCGCCUCCCGUCUUUCCAACCCGAGCUACCCGAUAUGGUGUCUAUUAAGAGGAGGAGCUCUGGAUCGGAGAGCAAUGCUUUGAACUCCGGUCUGAGACCUGUUUCUAGCCCAUUCCAGCGGGUUGGUAGUCGUGGAAGUGGCAGUGGAAGCGGUGCCAGUGGUGGAAGCGGUAGCGGAAGUGGCAGCCCGAAUUCUGCGCGAGGCAAAGGAAACUAGAAAUAGUUUACUUUGUAGCCGUUGCGGUAGCUGUAUAGCCUCCAGUUGCAUAUGUUCUGUCUUCAUUUCUCCUCGUGUUAUCCUUCUCCGACGUGGCCCUGGAUGAGUGAGCUUUCCUGGGAUCCAUGAUCCCCGUUUCUGCGACCUCAUCUUCAGCGCUCCGAAGAGCUUAGCAUGGCCUGUGGUCAAUCUUGCGUCCUUCAUCUUUUGUAGAUCUCAUCUGAAACCGUUCAUCUAUUCCAUGUUCAUGUGUAUUCAGUGACACCUGUAAAUCACCAGUAACUGAUACAAUGGUGUACCUAGCAAAGAAUGGUCAAAAUUGAAGCACCCCAAUCUGCAUAUACACUACACUUAUAAUUGCAAAAGUAUAUCUUGACGC